AUUUCGCCAAAAAGCAGACGUAAGGUUUGGGAUGCGGAUUCCGAAUCAAGGUUUUUCUUCCAGGCGGCACCUGCUCCCCAGCCGAAACCCCUAAAACAUCAUGUUUAUUUUCCGCGAGAAUCGGCUUUGCACACAUUUGCGUCUUUUUCGGUCGAUACAGCAGCCACUCCAACCGCCUCCGUCCAGACUGUGAAUCGGGAUGAUGGGCUCAUUUCAAUCAACAGAGACGAAAUUCCAGCGUUUGAAUGUAUCAGAAAUAAAAAUAACGCUUCUCCUGCUGAUGCGAUUUCUACCACCAGUUCGGUCAUUUGUUUACAAAAACAGGACUAUUUUAAUUAUAAUUUUUUUAAUGAAUUAUUUGGGUCUUGAGGUGAUACUGGUUUGUAGUGCCAAACUGAGACGUUAUUUCCCAGUUAAUUGUAUCCUUUUCCUCCUAUUCACAUUUUCUGUAGGAACGACUCUAGUUUCAUUCGCGGUUUCAUGUACUGGGAUCCUAUGGUCCUCUAUUUACGGCACAGCUCUCGCAGUUGUGGUCCUUAUCACGCUUUCACUAAUGUCUUGCCAGAAGAAAUGGGAAGUCACUAAUGUUUGUAUGCACAUUUUCACGUUCCUCUAUAUGUCGGUUAUAACCGGAUUUGUUACAAUAGCCUUGAAUUUUACUCAUUUUAAAGAAUGUGAUCUUUGGUUCAUGUUUAUAACUUCGGCGAUAAUGCAGAUAUUAAUUCUGUGGCUUCUCUAUGUCACUCGGCAAAUUGCAGUCUGUGAAAAAGAGCGCCUUUGCUGCCAAGAAUACGUUUACGGAGCUUUAACACAGAUCGCCUACCUACCCCUUUUCCCCAUGUCCAUAAUCAAGUUUAUUAAAUAUUGUCGAAAACUAUGAUAUUCGUCGUUUUAUUUCAAAAAACGUGCUUCCUUUGAGAAAUUGAUUCAGAAAAUGGACAAAUUAGAUGGAAAUUAAAUGA